UUGAUAUUUCAUGCACCGGCCCAUGCUUGCGUACACAAGUUGUGGUUUGUGGCUGGUUGGCGCGAGUACGAUAACUUCAAGUUCAUCAUCUGUUACGGUCAACUCCUGCAGUUUAGUAAAAGAAACCACUGACUAUCGUCUCGGAAUAUUAUGAGCAUUGGAACUUGAUCAGCUGGAGGUGAAUAGGACAUGAACAGUUGCCGUGUUGGGAAGACAUCAAGCUAUUCGUAGUCAAGACGCUUUUGGUAAAACAAAACCGCUCACAAUAUCUCUGUUUUGCCGACUACUACAAGUCAUAACCGCUCAUUCUACAAACUGCGUGACCCUAAUGCUCUUAUUUGAAAACACGUGGCAGGGGCCGUUGACAUGUACCAAACCUACUUUGUGUAGCGAUAACAAUCAAAGAAUUGUUUGAAAGUUUGCAGUGAUAAUCUUGCACGAAGUAUUGCCGCAACGAUGGAUAGGAAAUCAAGAUGCUGUUUUCUUUGGAACUUGGUGAUAUUUUAUUUCCUUCUGAUGUCCUCUUGCGAAAUUGAAUGUAAAGUCUCAGCGAAUGGUUCAUUGGCACCUCUCAAACCGAAGGGACUCGAGAGGAUAAACUUGGCCGUGCUGCUGCCCGAUGACCCCUGGUUUGAUUUCGCCACCGCCAAGGUGGUCCCCGGAAUAUGGAUAGCCAUACAAAGUGACCGCGUAAAAAGUCUAAUCGGGAGUUCUUACGAGGUAUCUGUUCGGGAAUACGACUCCAAAUGCAGCCAGGACGAGGUGCUAAAACUCGCUGUGGACGCACUUCGGUCACGCCAGGAGGCGGUUGACAUGUACCUAGGCCCGGCCUGUGGGUACGCCUCGGCCAACAUAGCCCGACUGGUGGAACAUUGGAGGAAGGUCUACGUUACCUCUGGCUGUGUUGCAAGCAUAUUCGACGGUGGAGCCGUCACCAGAAUGUCCGUGACAGCAACCAAACUCGGCAAUAUAAUAUACGAUGUACUUCAAAAUACAUUCAAGUGGAAUACAACUGUAGUUUUGGCGGCUGACACUGAGAAAAAUGAGCGACUUACCUACUGCUAUCUUCUAUCCGCUGGAUUAAUGGAUGUUAUGCGCACACAUGGUCUUACACCGGAGUCGGAGACGAUAGAUCGAACUAGCACACAUGAGGAGCUUAAGGCACACUUGCUUAAAUCUGUCAAGCCAUUUGCACGCAGCGAGAUACCUUGUCUCUCACGACUAGUGAAUCGAUAGAAAGAUCUCUACACGCGAGGUUUUUUAUCACUACAGUGCUCUCUCACGGACUCUAAAGAUGUCACACGAAAAGUCCAGCCGACAAUCUCAUGCCCUUGACGGCAGUUGUUUCUGAGACUGUAACAGCCGCAAUGGAAUUACAUGAUUUGAUUUUGCAUUAAAAAGAACGUGCUGGCUCACUCGAACAGAAGGAUUAUACGGCUUUGAUCUUGCAGUUCUGAUUCUUGUAACAAACCGUCGUGGCUACGCAAUACUAGAACUCACUGUGGGCCGGGUGCGUUCGUUUAGCUUU